AUGGAGAAAUCAUCAAAACUUUGGGGUGAUGAAGGUCGUUUCAGUUGUGGAUUAAAUUCUGAUCUUUCACAAUUAAAUAAUUCUCUUCAAGUUGAUAAAAGACUUUAUCGCGAAGAUAUUUGUGGAAGUUUAGCGUAUGCCGAAGUUUUAUGCGAUGCAGAAAUUAUUUCAUCUGAUGAGUUCAAGACUAUCAAAGAAGGUCUAAAUAUAGUUUUGGAUGAUUGGAAUUCUCAUAAAAUUCAAUUAAGAGACAAUGACGAAGAUAUUCACAGUGUAAAUGAACGACGGUUGAUUGAAAUUGUUGGCGAUGUUGGAAGAAAACUUCACACAGGAAGAAGUCGAAAUGAUCAAGUUGUACUUGAUAUGAAAUUGUGGAUGAAGAAAUCUGUUAUUGAAAUCGUUGAAGAUAUUAAAUGUUUGAUAAAAGUUUUCAUUAGAAAAGCAGAAGAUAAAAUUAAGGUGAUUAUGCCUGGAUACACUCAUUUGCAGCGCGCGCAGCCAGUUAGAUUCAGUCAUUGGUUGCUAGCUCAUGGUUUCUUUCUUGAGUCAGAUUGUGACCGUUUAAAACAACUUUUAGAACGUGUCGAUGUGAUGCCACUUGGUUCAGGUGCACUUGCUGGGAACCCAUUCAAGAUCAACCGAGAUAAGCUUGCAAAACUUUUGGGUUUCUCAAAAAUAACAAAUAAUAGCAUGAAUGCUGUGAGUGAUCGAGAUUUUGUUGGUAAUUUAAUGAAGAAUGUUUCCGAUCUUAUCUUUCUCAACACAAAUAUCUUUCAAGUGGAAUUCAACUUCAUCGCAACCUUAAUUUCAACACAUUUGAGUCGUUUGUCUGAAGAUUUAAUCCUCUUCAACACGAAGGAGUUUAAUUUCAUUAAACUGUCAGGAGAAUUUGCGACGGGUUCUUCGUUAAUGCCACAGAAAUUCAACCCCGAUUGCCUUGAACUUGUUCGCGGUUUGACUGGUGGUAUUUUAGGACAACUCACAAACAUUUUAGUGACAUUGAAAGGGUUGCCUUUCACAUAUAACAAAGACUUACAAAGCGACAAGCAAUCAAUGUUCUUCGUGUUCGACAACAUAAAACUGUCACUGAAAGUUAUCUCGGGAGUUGUUGAGUCGAUGGAAAUCCUCGACGAAAAUUGUUGGAAUGCCUUAAGUUACGAUAUGUUAGCAACAGAUGUAGCUUAUUAUUUAGUAAGAAAAGGCGUCGCAUUUCGCGACGCACAUCAUUCAGCUUCAAAACUCGUUGAUUACGCUUCACAACAUUGCAUCGAACUUUGUAAACUUCCGCUUCCAGUCAUGAAAACAAUUAAUGAAAAAUUUAUUGACGAUGUUCAUGACAUUUGGAGUUUUACGAAGAGCGUCGAACAAUAUCAAGCCACAGGUGGAACCAGCAUGGAAUCGGUACGAAACCAAAUCGCCUACCUGAAAGAUUAUGUCGAGAGAGGCAAUUAA